AUGAUCGACUUUUGGCAAUUAUUCUGUGUCAUGGGUAUUCUCACCGGGAUUGGUCUGAUGACCAUCAAUAACAUUGGGCAUACUGUUAAUGCCCUGUGGCGCCACUGGGAUGACACCGUCGACGAAAAUUUUCUUAUUACUCACCAACAGCUGCAUGUCUCCAUAUUGUCGAUCUGCAGCUUUACGGGACGUCUUCUUAGCGGCGUCGGUUCCGACAUCAUUGUCAAGGUGCUCCGUGGCAGCCGCGUCUGGUGUCUCGUCAUAUCCAGUCUGAUCUUCUCCAUGGCACAAAUUUGCGCAUUGAGCAUAGAGAAUCCGCAUUUACUGGGUUUUGUAUCCGGUCUAUCUGGCCUCGCGUACGGCAUCCUGUUCGGUGUCUUCCCUUCAAUCGUCGCUGAGACCUUUGGCAUUCAUGGGCUCAGUCAAAAUUGGGGUCUCAUGACACUUUCGCCCGUCAUCUCGGGCAAUGUCUUCAACCUCUUUUAUGGGUCUGUUUUUGAUCAACACAGUGUAAUUGGUCCUGGCGGAGAGCGUAUUUGUCAUGACGGCCGUGGGUGUUACCAAGCCGCCUACUUGGUCACACUGGGUGCCUGCGCAUUAGGAACUGUUACUACGCUGUGGGUCAUUCGCCAUCAACAUGUCACCUGGGCCAAAGAGGAUAAGGGGGAGCAGGAGGACUGA